AUGAAAUUGAUGGAAACUCAAAUCUCUCAACUUGCUCAAUCAAACCCCUCUUAUUCUUCCUCCGCCCAUGCCCUUCCUAAUCAAGUUUUGAAUCCUAAGCCCAUGUAUGCCGUGACAAGUAGGAGUGGAAAGGUGGUGGGGAGCGAUCCUUUGGUUGAGAAGAAGUCGCAAGAGGAUGUAGAGCUUGAGGAUGAGAGUGAGAAAACCAAUGAGUAUUUGGGAGGUGAGAAAGAAAAUGAUGUUGUUGAGGAAACAAAGGAGAAAGAGACCACAAAAGAAUUAGCUACCCCUUUACCCCUAAAUCGCCAACCUAGAGAGGAGAAGCUACCCUUCCCACAACGCUUUGUGAGGUCUAAGCUAGAUGCUCAAUUUGAGAGAUUUUUGGAGGUUAUUAAAGGUCUACAUGUUCAAUUGCCUUUUGUUCAAGCCAUGAAAGAGAUGCCCCAUUAUUCCAAAUUUUUGAAGGACCUCUUGCAUGGUAGGAGAGAGGUAGAGGCCGUUAACCUCACCGCCAAUUGUAGUGAUAUUCUUUCUAGCAAGCUCCCUACAAAGUUGAAGGACCCCGGUAGUUUCAGUAUCCCAUGUUCCGUUAAUGAUGUCCAUCUUGGGAAUGCUUUGUGUGAUUUAGGUGCAAGUGUGAGUCUUAUACCUUUCUCGAUUUACCAAAAUCUAGGGGUAGGGAACCUUUCUCCUACAAACAUCACUCUACAACUUGCCAAUCGUUCUACCAAAUUGCCUAUAGGGAAUGUGGAAGACAUCCCUCUUAGAGUUGGAAAGUUCACCUUUUUCAUUGGCUUUUAG